AUGAUGGUGCUAGUGGACACCCCUAUGAACCUAGGCUCCGUUACUGACUUAAUAUGCGAUAACAAAAAUGCGAGUUGGUAUUAUCCUGCACACGGUAUUAAAAUUAAAUUGGCUCUAGAAGAAGAGAGAUUAAUUUUUCAUAUAGAAAGUAAUAAGGAACAAGGGUUAACAUUUCCACGAAGCGGCCAUACUCUUGAAAGUCAGGCAAUUAUUUACCCGAAUAGUGAAGGAUUAUUUAUCCCGCAGCAAGACCUAUUCUGGCAGAAGCAGCUUGUAGGUACUAAACUACAAGUUAAUGAAUGCUUAACAAUGCCUUUUUGGGGGAUAUAUUACGAUGCAGGCUCAAUAGUAUACAUACUGCAUGAUGAUUUAGAUAGUGAAUUAUCUUUUAAAUUAUCUGUAGAUCGUAAAGUAUAUGUGCAGCUAGAACAUAAAUUUUACAAAGCAGAUAACAUUAACAUCCCUAAAUUUAAAUUUAGUAUUACUUUAGGUAAUGGGUCUCCUAUUGCGCCAGCGUUAGAGUACAAAAAAUAUUUAUUAUCAAAAGGGAGGCUAAAAACUCUGCAAGAAAAAGCUAUUGCUAAUAAAGAUAUAGAGAAAUUAUAUGGAGCUUUACAUAUUUACCUCUGGGGCAAUGGUAGAACCCAUAGAGCUAUUGAUAAGCUAUAUAAGCUUGGUUUGCACAAUUUAUGGCUAGGCUAUGAUCAAGACGAACGUAUGGGUGAUAACGUAGUAACAAAAGAACUGAUAGAAAAAGCUAUAUCCUUAGGGUAUUUAAUAGGUCCCUAUGAUUCUUUUCAUACUAUGGAGAAUCCUAUGAAUGCUAGAUCUAUUAAUAGCAUAUUUCCUGGACAUUACCCUCAAUCUUGUAUAAUCAAUAAAGAUGGUAAAGUAAAUGUUGGUUUUGGUGGGGUUGGUUGCCAUCUAAGUUCAGCAGCAUUAGCCGGAGAACACCCUAAGAAUAAAACGAUAUAUAAGAGAUUAGAGAGUUUUGUAAGUACUGGCAUUAAUUCAUAUUUUCUUGAUUGUGAUGCAACGGGAGAAUUAUUUAAUGAUUAUUCUCCCUUACACCCAAUGACGCAAAGUCAGGAUCGUAUAAACCGAAUUGAAAGAAUGGAUUAUAUAAAUAAAAAAUUAGUUCUUGGAUCUGAGACUGCUGCGUGGUGGGCAGUACCGUAUAUAGCUUUUGCUCAUGGUAAUCUUUCUGUACAUAACGCUAUUCAUUGGAGUUUUUCUAAAAAGAGCGAUCAAUAUGGUAAAUACUGGCCUCCUGCUAGACCAGGAUUUUUUUUUAAGUCAGUAGAGGCCCCUAUUGAUUAUAUUAAAGCCAGGUAUGAUCCUAGGUACCGGCUA